AUAAUCAAUGGCGCACAUAUUGGAGGCAGUUUAAGCCGAACCUCUGGCGGAAGGGAAUUUACAGCGGCACGCAGUAUGGUACUAUGACGUCGACUAAGUUAAGGCGAGUAGCCAGAGUUAGGCCGUCCGCUACUUUCCCGCUCCGCACUAGUCCUGGAUUAUUACUGCUUUUGUAGGGAGCCCUACACAUAGCAGGGUAAGGGGGUUGGGAACACCCCCCUAAAACUGGACUGAUUUUUCCAGAGCAACGGAUUCGCUUGGAUUGAGAGAGCCGCAACUCUUGCCGGUUCCCGAGACCGUUUUUUUGUUUUUGUUUUUUGUUUUUGGGUUUUUUGUUUGUUUGUUUGUUUUGUCCUUUUGCGGCUGCUCAGUGGCCAACAGCAAAACCGAGAAGCAUUCUUGCCCAUUCUUUUGGGCUCUCCUGGCCGUUUGUCCCUUGGCUGCACCAGCUUCCUCGCGUGGGCUUCGGGCAGUUCUGAGCACUUGAAUUGGCUUGGGCAAAAGAAUCCAGAGACCCUAGGAUUUCAGAAGGCCAGCAGUCUCCACUGGAGAAGAAGAUCCUGAGUUUUGGUGGUGUGCAUACAACAGCAGCAAGACACUUGAUAACUCAGAAAUGCCAUGAGGAGAGCAAAGCACUCUGCAAGGAGCAAGCUAAUUCUCUGGACUACUGGCUUGCAAAAGCAGAGUCGUAUUAUAAUAAGAGAAUGGUGGAGAGAAUGAAAAAAGACACAGGUGAUGAAACAAAGACAAAAGUGCAAGAGGAACCACCAUCACCAUCACCACCACCACCACCACCACCACGCAGAGAGAGACAGAAACAGCAUUACUGGGUGCCUGAGAGAGAGAAGAAGCAAAUAGAAAGGCACAUUCAUAGAACAAGCCAUGCCAGAGAAUUUACAGACAAACCCUGGAGACAGCCACGACUCUUCAGUGAAACAACACUACCCAAAAUUGUGCUAGAGGAGGAAAGCAUCCCACAAGCACAGAAAAGAAGGCAGGCACACGAGAGAGAACUGCUCCAAAUUAAAGAUCACCGGGAGCGCAUGAUUCGAGGGAGGGAACUUCUACAGCAAAGGCUCAAAGACAGAAUCUUGAGAAAAAGCCCGAGUCAGAUCCCACUUCCUGAGAAGCGUGAUCAAGUGAAGAAACAGAAAAAAGAGUUUGAGAAGGUAGUUGCAUACCCACUAGUCCAGCCAUCCUGUACCAGUAGGAUUAAAGUAGAUGUUCUUAUGGAAAAAUCUCAGGAUGAAGAGGACUUGAGCACAAUUAUAAAACCUUUUGGAAGGAGAUUCUUAGCUGUACCACCCUUUUUGAGAACUCAAAUAGGAAAAAUAAAGGAUCUGUAAAGUUUCAGAGCUUUGCUAAUGGUACCAUGUUUCUUCUGCGAUGUGUGUUUGGGGGAAGGGGGUGUGGAGAGGGGUUGUGGAGAGGGAUUGGCUAUCCUGGAACUCUCUGGCCUCAAACUCAGAGUUUUGCCUGCCUUUAUCUCCCAAAGCCUGGGAUUAAAGGUGUACAACCUACCAUCUGUCUGAAAACAUGUAAACAUGUUUCUUAUAUGAA